AUGUUUGGAGGUUUGGUAGAAGUCCGCCCAUUGCCCCUGGCCGGGUUCCUGCUGGGAGUCUAUGUGGCGGCUUGGUUCAUUCAGGCGGCCCUGAUGGACUACCGAAUCGCCAAAAGGGGCGGCGGCGGUGUCAAGGCGCCGAGGGUCGCCAGCAACAUGAUCACUGCCGGAAUCUGGUUUUUCUGGGCAGGAUGGCGGCAAAUGCGAAACGAUCUCCUGAGCCUCUAUAACAGCGUCUAUGACAAGCAUGGCACUCCAGAGUCGCCAAACUGCGUCGAGAUCACCCUCACGACCCCGGGGGUCCGCUUCAUCCUGACGAGGGAGCCAGAGCACGUCAAGACCAUCCUGACCAGCAAGUUCUCCGACUUUGGCAAGGGGUACCACUUCCACAAGAUCUGGUCACCCUUCUUGGGAGACAGCAUCUUCACCACCGACGGGCAGCUGUGGCACGACAGUCGGUCGCUGAUCAGACCAAUGUUCAUCAAGGAAAAGGUCCGCGACCUCGACAUCUUUGAUCGCUGGACCAACGAGAUGAUCAACCUGCUGCCCCCUCCCGGCCAGUCUGUCGACAUCGCCAACCUUCUCUACCGCAUGACCCUCGAUGUCACCACCGACUUUCUCCUCGGCGAGUCGGUCAACGCCCUGAGAGAUGAGCACAACGAGUUUGCCUAUUACUUUAACGAAAUCCAGCGUAUCCAGAUGAUGUUGACCAUCUUGGUACCCGCUGCUCCUUUCCUCCCCAGGCAUAGGUACUACGCAGGAAUCAAGUACAUUGAGAAGUUCAUGGCCCCAUUCAUCGAGCAGGCCCUGGCCCUGCCUCCCGACGAGCUCGAGAAGCUGUCCAAGACGGACAAGGACUUUACCUUCCUGCACAACAUUGCACGCUACUCGCGCGACCGCAAGGUGAUCCGCGACCAGAUCAUGGCGGUGCUGCUGGCCGGACGAGACACCACGGCGGCGACCCUGUCGUGGACCAUCUACGAGCUCUGCAACAAGCCAGAGGUGGUCAAGCGGCUGAGGCAGGAGAUCCUGCGGGUGGUGGGCCCGUUUGGCAACAAGCCGACCUAUGAGAACCUCAAGGAGCUCAAGUACCUGACGCACAUCAUCAACGAGACGCUGCGCAUCUACCCGGCCGUGCCGUACAACAUCCGCGCCGCCCUUGAGGACUCGAGCCUGCCCAGCCCCGACGGGAAGCCGUCCAUCGCCGUGCUCAAGGGCGACAUUGUCGUCUACAGCGCCCUGUCCAUGCAGCGUCGCAAAGACAUCUACCCAGAGGUCUCCGAGACCUUUCCCGACCCGGCCGUCUACUGCCCCGAGCGGUGGGAGCACUGGACCCCCAAGCCGUGGACGUAUGUGCCCUUCAACGGCGGGCCUAGGAUCUGCGUCGGCCAGAACUUUGCCAUGACCGAGAUGGCUUAUGUCUUGGUCCUCAUCUUCCAAAAGUUUGAUAGGAUCGAGUACUGCGGCGACUGGGAUGCGCAGUACCACAAGGCCGAGAUCGUUGGUGCUCCUGGACAUGGUGUCCCCGUCACGUUGUACCCGGCUGUAGACGACCAAGUUAAAGAAUGA